AUGAGAUUCGGGCAUAAGAAAGACGAGCCGGCCCCUCCAGAUCCGGUCUUCGAUGAAGAUGAAGAUCUCAGCGAAGUUUGGCCACAAGUUGUGCGACAGUAUGAGGACACUACCAAGAGGAAGCUGGAUGCAUACACGACCUUCAACAGCUUCCAGCUACAGAUUGACGCGGAUAUAAAAGAGUCUUCGACGAAGAGUCAUCAAAACGCCAGGAUAGUUUUGAACAAUAUUGGGAACUGUCUUGAACAGUUUGGUUGCAUGGUCGCACAAGUGGCGGGUGUGGUCUUCGGGCCCGCUGCGCAAUGCUGGAAUGCUAUCAGUUUCGUCGUCCAAGCAGCUCGGAGCAUUAGCGGUAUGAUGGACGGGUUCAUCAUUCUGAUGGAACGCUCAUCGGCUUUUAUUCGUCGCCUGGUGAAUUUCAUGGAGCAGAAGGUCGGCGAAGGCGGGUCCCACCUACCACGUGUUCUGCGAAGGCCAGCAUACAACAUUCUCUCUCAGUUCUUGGGCGUGCUUCGUUCUUCAUACAAGCUAGCUACCAGCAAGAAAGAGCGGUGGAACAGAUGGGCUGGAAUCGUUCUUUUCAACUCCGACGAUAUGGCAGAAUCGCUCAAACUGAUGGAGGAUCAAAUCCAGGAGUUCACUAAAGCCGAGGUCGAUGAUAUACUGUUGGACGUCAAAGGGCUUGCAAAGCAUCUUGUCGCAUCGGAUGAGGAGAGAGCUCGCUAUCAUGAUGAGAUAAACGACCAUUUUCAGACGGUGUACAAAGUCAGCGAUCAGAUCCUAACCGUUACUCAGCAGAUGAAGAAUACUUUGGAUGGUCGGGCUAGCCAGGAUCAGCAAGAAAAGAAUUUGGAAAAGAUCGCAAAGUAUCUGGGUUUGAAGAAGCCUGGAGAGUGGGAGACUUGGAACAAGCGACAUAGCGAGCUCUGCAAGACGCAUGUGCGGGGGACUGGAGAAUGGCUCAGUCAAGAACAACCCGCAUUCGUACAGUGGGCUGAUCUAGGCAGGCAUGACAAAACCGUUCUUUUCCUGAAGGCUGACUCCGGCUUCGGCAAGACACAUCUCUUCAAUCAUGUCGUUUCGCAUCUCGAAAAGAACCGCCGGGCUGCACGUGGUCCCGACCAGGCUUUUCUCGCGUACUAUUACUACGGAGAUGACAAGGACGACUCCCUCGAACGAUGCAUUGGAUCCAUCAUCUAUCAGUUUGCAUUUGCGGAUGUUGCAUAUGCUCAAACCGUAGUAGCGGAAUGCGCGCAGCUCGCAAGCGUUGCGCGAGCUGAAGAUCGAUGGAACAAGCUGGUUUGGGGAUUGCAGCGUGUCAUGAAAGGGACGUACUUCAUAUGCAUGGACGGCUUCGAUAGCCGUGGUCAACUGGACACUGCAGAGAUGAUGAUAUCCGCUAUCGCAGGUCAGGCUUCCUCUUCAGCCAAGUCAAAUGGGGUUUCUCUACGUCUCUUCAUAUCAGGAAACGAGGAUGCGCUAUCUGACGUCUCACCAGCAAGCAAAGGUGUCGACGUUAUCCUUCUUGGGAAACGUGGAGGCCCUGAAGAAUCCAUGAGACGUGCAGGCAACGACUCAGACAUAGCUUCAGACUUGCUGCCAAACGCGAGCGAUCUGAGAGCUGUCACAAGAGCUAGGAUUGAGGAGGUUUGCAAGAAUAAACCCGGCCUGAAGGCUGUUCUUGAUGACUCGAACAUCGAGCUUCUGCUCGAAGGCAUCCGCGGAAAUUACAGGAACCUGGAGGCCAAGAUCACGGAGAUCAAAGCUUGCGACACGAAAGGAAAUGUCCAGGAAGUUAUCAAUAACACGGGCGCUGACAUGAACGCCGUCCAAAGAAACAGGAUCAAGACUCUAGACGAUCUUCUGACUUCACGUCAGGCUCGGGUACUCAAUGAGCUUCUGGUGUGGGUUGCAGGGUGCAUCUACCCACCAUCGAUCGAGCUGCUCAAGAGCAUUCUCUUCUUUACCAUUGGCGAGGAUUUUCUCCUCGCCGAUCAGAUCACUACUACCUACUCCCCUGUGCUCAUGAUUGACGAGGAGAAUAGAGUGAGAUUUAAGGACGGGCUCAGGGAGAUCUUAUCGACGAGCGCUUCCUCAGGAGCCGAAUCUGCACUCUUCCAGUUACGUGGCGAAACAAUCAGUGAAGGCGAAGUCGGUCUUUGUCGCCGGUUCAUCAAGAAUGUCUGCGCUACAGUGGAUUACGACAGGUUCGGGUUUGAUGAAUUCUUUGAAGCCAUGACAAAAAAGGUACACAUUCACCUCGACGACGAGAAUGCCGUGAAUGUCACCAUCAUUGACAUGUGCGUCAAUGUUUUGCUCGACGGUCGGAAAGACAAGAAUCUUGAAGCAAUGCGCGAGUAUGCUUCGAUGUGGUUCUAUGAAUACGUCAAGACCCUAGUCAAGGUGCUCGAUGAAUUCGAGCCGAGAAGGGAGUUCAUGACCAGUAUUGGAAGCAAGCUGAUUGACUUGCUUUACGAUUCCAACAUGAUCGAUACAUGGUUCACCAACAAGAAUUUGGUCUCGAUGAAGUACGAUUUCCUCUAUAAGGACGAGUUCAUCGACCCCUUGGUGACGCUGUUGCAAAAUUCGCAAGUGGCCAAAGGCUAUUCGAAAGAUGAGCAGAAGAGUGAGUGGGUCAAGUCUGUAACUUCAGACGCAGCGAGCAACUACUCCGUUCUCGAGCGCAUCGCAGCGCGGCUAGCCACACAUUGGUUCAGCCGCUCAAUUGGAACGUCAAACGAAGAUUAUCUUUGGAUCUCAUGGGGAAUUAUAUUCAAACCGGACGGACCUUUUGAAGAAUGGAAUCCGCCUUCAAAUGCCGACGUUGAGGAGUACAUCUGCUGGGUAAAAGAUCACAAGAAUGUCGACAUCGAUAGCUCCACCUGGGAUUACCGCGUGGGAGCUACAUACAUCGUCUUCCAGCACUACAAGGAGGCCAUUGUUGCGUUGGAAAAGGCGGAGCAACACUCUCCGACGAAUUGGGGACUGUUUUCCAAUCUAGCAAGGGCCCAUGAGAACCAAAAGGACUACCGUAUGGCACUUGGAUACAUACAGAACUUCAAAUCGCUCAGCGAGAUGCUCCUUGAGACGGACGAUUCGUACAAGGAGGCCUACUGGGAUACGCUCAAGAGGGAAGGAGACUGCUAUCGGGAGUGCGAUGACUACGACAUGGCCGUGCAAUCUUACCAGGAACUUUUGAGCCAGAAUGUUAGUGAAGCAUCCGCUGGGAGCAGGCUCCACUUACACGCACUUUUGGGGCUCUUUGAAACCUGGAGCAAAACGAAGAGCUUUCAAUCUAUCAUUGAUCUCAUUCGCGGCUGGAAAGAUGCGACAUCCAAGGGUCGUGGAUCGACCUACUGGCUGCGAAAAGCAUCACGCGAAGAUGCCCUUCAUACAUGCAUCAUUGUGGCUGCAAAGCAAGUUGGUGCCGCAGAAGAGAUCAUCUCUCUGUACCAGCAGGCCAUCGAUUACAACCCGCUGGAUAAACCUGCUGUCGAUGGCGAACCAGGGAUGGACCUUUCUGCCGAAGCAACCACACAACUGCAGUACUUCCAAGCCGACCUCCAAUUCCAUGGAAGCGGGUCCAACAACGAUCACCUCCGGAGUAUACAAUGCUGGGAAGACAUUGUCCUACAAUCUGAUGACAACCCAGCGUCGUAUGUGACAGCAUGGAAUGCGGCUCGCAAGCUAGCUCUGGCUCUUCUUGACGUGGCAGUUGCGAAACUCGAAGAAGCUCCUUCGAGCUGUUCCGAAGAUUUCACGAUCCGAUUGGAGAAUCUCGUCAAUCAAAAUACGAAGAUAAUCUGUUACCUACGUCAAGGUCGUUUCGACCCUCGUCUCUGUUUGGCUCGAUUAUACUGCGUCAAACAGAACCAUACAUCAGCUUCCGCGCAGGCGCAGGCUCGGCUUUACAGUGUCUUUGACAAGUGGCCUGAGGCUACUGACGAUGCGUCACUCGCCAUUAGGUUCUCGAACCUCGCUCGGACUUUGACUGUCCUCGAUAAAGAUGCUGAUGCCGUUGCAGCGUGGCAGGCGAUCGGACCCUACCAACCGUCGAGCACGACGAAUGCGAAAGCAAACGGGCCAGGUGCUGGAGAGCUUCCGCAGCCAAUCUCUGAGCUAUCCGACACGGACGGUGUGCCGGCGACUUCUGACAAGAACUUGGAAGACGGUCCAGUAGCAUCUUCAUCAACUGCGACUGCUACGAAGGCGUACCUCACAGGAAAUAGUUGCGACGGAGGCUGCGGGACGGAAUGGACAGACAUGUUAGCCGACUGUUGGGUGUGCAAGCACUGUCUCGACGUCCAGCUAUGCCAAGGAUGUUACAAGAAACUUCUGGACGACGACCUGCACCCUCUCAUUUGUAACAAGGAUCACAAGAUGCUGUUAUUACCGUCCUUUGACUGGAAGGCAUGGCGCACUACACCGGCAGACAUGAUGAUUGUGGACAAGCAGCCCGUACCUCGCAAGAACUGGGUAGACCGGAUACGUAAAGAGUACAACGUGCAACAGGCAGAAAUUGAUUUCAUCAAGAUAGAGAAGGCUCGGGAGUUGAAAGCUGCCAGUAUCAUUGCACUGACUGCAGUGCGAUGGCGUAACAGGGUGCAGAGAAUUAGGGCCAGCAGGCCGGUGACGGCGCGUACGCUUCGUCGAGCCGAGCCACUGAGAUAG